AUGUGCAACGAAACAUUGAAUUACAAAGCGUACCAGCAGGUUCUUGACCUAGGGUGCGAGAAGAAGACCAAGGCAACCAAGAGAGAGCCUAAACCCACUGCUUCUAAGAGAAGAACCAAAACAGGCUGUAUGACCUGUCGUCGCAGAAAGAAGAAGUGUGACGAGCACAAAACAGGCGGAAAGUGCCAGGCUUGCAUUAGAAACUUUCUUGACUGCCACUGGCCUGGUGAGGACGAGUUGAAGAACGAGACCACAUCGGAAUCUUCCGUUCCAGCUUCUCCAAAGACACCAGAGAGUCUACCUGUUACUGACAAGGGCGCCGAUGCUUAUCCCUCGCCAGCCAUGUCUCCCAAGGAAGGACACGCCGAGACCACGGCUAAUUGCAUGGAUAUCAAGACCUUGACGUUGCCUCCGAUGCAAAGCAAGAUCAAGGUGACCAAGCCUAAGAGCCAGCCCAAAAAGAGCCAGCCAAAGAAGGCUGAGGGCGCCAAGUUCUUCAUUGCAUCAUUCGACUCUGGAAAGUCUCUUUGUCAGAUUAAAAGCUAG